AUGCAGGUAUUCUCUAAAUUAGUCAAAAUAGUGUGCAUCACCGCACUAAUAUCAAUGUCCACAGGGCAUACUGAUGGAGAAGUUUUAUUAGAAGAAAGGGCUGUGGUAGAGUCCAAUUCAAGUAUUAUGAAUGCUAUAGGAGGAACAAUGAAUAAAAUCACUAAGUCCAUCGACAUGUUAAGAAGUAGAUUCUUGAGUAAAUUUAUAAGUACAGAUAGUAUUAGAGAGUACGGUUCUGAUGACAUAUACGAAAUAGACCUAGACACAUCUGAUUGUGUUAUAAAAUCUCCCCGAGAUACAUGCGAAAGUAAUACUGGUCUUCUGCUACAAUGCGAUCCAACAUUUAAUGAAUACGCAAAAGACAGCAUUAUGUAUGAAAGCAGCGAUGAGGAAGUGCCUGCUGGCAAUAAAUUGGGCAAAAGGGAGAAUAAUUGGUUUGGAUAUUACUUUAAUGGUAUAACAGUCUUCAACCAUCCGUAUAUUUAUGACAUAUUUGCAAAUAAAAGCACUCCAGAGAUAAUUAACAAAAAAGAAAAUGAACUGCCAAGAAUAAAACGGCCAAAGAGAAAUAUUUUUACAAAUACAAAGAACUUCUUCUCUAUAUGGGCGCCCGAAAUGAAGAGUGUAUUUUACUGCAUGGUUGUUAUAUUUAGUGUAUUUAGCACAUAUUAUCUGGAUCAGACUGACAUUCCUAAAACAUCAAAGGAUUUUAUUAGAAAGGGUGUACAGACGGCAAUUAAUACAGCGAAAGAAUUUAUAGUAAAUAGCAAUGGAAACCCCUCGUUAAAUAGCACAGAAGUAUCCCAAUAUAUAGAAAUAACCCGAAAUGACAUUAUUUCAGGAAAGAUUCUUGUGUUUUCAUCUCUAAUUGAUUUAGAAGCAGUUAUAGCAAGAGAGGAAAAGAUUUUUGAAAUGAUAGACCAGCUAGGGAUGCGGGGAAGUGAACUACCAAAGUAUGUCCAUGAUUUGGCAAACAUUUGUUUAGAACAAGCAGGAAUCCCUGUAGGACCAGCUUACAAUGGCCUAACUCAUUUGCUUAAACUGCAUAUGUAUACAUAUUCAUAUGAAGGGAUGAUUUCAGUACUCCAGAACCCGUAUAUAAAAGAUAUUAGGCGGGAGCACUUGGAUGACGUGUUCAGACUAUUUGGAAGUGAAAUAUUACAGAUACUCCUAGCAACUAGGCAGUAUUUUGCUGAGUGUAUUCUUCUUGAUGGCAUAACUACUUCUUAGUUCUAUGCAAUGGGUGGUAAGAAUAGCCAAAUCGCGCCCAUUAUUAAGAAAUUCGGGUUAUAGUAUAUGUCUAGAAAAUAAAAAUAAAACAUAGCAUGAA